AUGGUUUCCUAUUUCAGUCAUUUAAUGAGGACUUCGGAUGUUGAAUACCCUUUCCCCACCGUUUAUCUUCGAGAUUUCGGCUCUAACGAAAUUGAUGAAAAACACAUCGAUUAUGUCUCCUCUAUGAUUAAGAGGAAGGUCAUUCCUGUUGGCCCUCUCAUUCAAGACCCUGUUAGCAAAGAUGAACAUUUGGAGGUCAUCGAAUGGCUCGAGAAGAAGCAUCACUGUUCAAGCGUGUUUGUGUCCUUUGGGAGUGAGUAUUUUUUGUCCAAGGAAGAGAUGGAGGAAAUAGCAAAUGGGUUAGAGCUCAGCAAUGUUAACUUCAUUUGGGUUGUUAGGUUUCCAUUGGGAGAUGAAACUAUGGUUGAAGAUGCACUGCCUAAAGGGUUCCGUGAUAGAGUGGGAGACAGAGGAAUUGUACUAAAGGGAUGGGCCCCACAAGAGAAAAUUCUAAGGCAUUCAAGUAUUGGUGGGUUUGUGAGUCAUUGUGGAUGGAAUUCAGUAAUGGAAAGCAUGGAAUUUGGUGUUCCAAUCAUAGCCAUGCCCAUGCAGCUUGAUCAGCCUUUGAAUGCUAGGUUGGUGGUUGAACUUGGUUUAGGGAUGGAGGUUUGGAGGGACUAUAGCGGGAACCUUCAUAGAGUAGAGAUAGCUAAAGUAAUAAGGGAGGUGAUAGUUGACAAAAGAGGAGAAGAUAUGAGGAGAAAAGCAAAAGAAUUGAGAGAGAAGAUAAGAUUGAAAGGAGAGGAAGAGAUGGAUGGAGCUAUGGAGGCGAUAUCACAACUUUGUCAGAAGAGUAAGGCGCAGUAA